AUGCAUAAACCAAAUAUCUGCGUCCUUAUCACCCUUAUCCUUGCUUGGAUUUUGUUAAUCGUUGCCUUUGCUUCAUACUGGUAUCAAUCAGGUACCAACACAGAUAAUGGUGACUCCUAUACCCUUUUUAAACACGACGGCUUCAAGUUUUGUAAUAUGAAUGGAGAUUGUGAUUCCGAUUCAUACCCCUCCUCAUACAAGAAGGCUAACAAAAACACUUUGAACAUCUUCAAUGCCUCGCUAGCUUUUACAGUGUUAUCUUGGAUCGUCACCUCUGUCACCAUUUUGUUUGUCUUUUUGUCCCUUGCCAACAUCUUGUCCAAGAUCCCACUCCCAUUGGGCAUGAUCGUCAAAUUCCUUCCAAUUGUUGCUCUUGUUUUCGCCCUCCUUGCCAUGUUUAUCUUCAUCGGAGUAGGUAAUGCUAGCUACCAAGAUUGCAAGAAAAAUCUUAGUGACUUUGUAUGUGACGACCAAAAGGAUAACGGAGUUUAUGAUUUUGUCAAGUACGAAGAUAAUAAUGGUGUUGUUGACUACCAUGCUCCAACUACCGGUUGGGCUACCGUCGUUGUCAGUUCUGGUCUUCUUUUGCUUGCAUCCAUCCUCAAUGUCUUGAUGGGCAAGUAUUAA